AUGGAAACAGGAAGCAAAGAUACAAAAGUUUUGACACUUGCUUAUCAAAUAUCAAUGUGUUUGGCAGCCAAUGCAGAAUGUGUAUGGGGUACACCUUGGGGAGGAAAGGGUGGAUCACGUACCUGGGAAUUCAUAAUACCUGAUGGUUCAACACUUACGAAGAUAGAUUUAAGCAGUGGAGACGCUUUAGAUUUCAUCAGCUUCACUUACAAGGAUGGAUCAUCUUCGAUGACAAUGAGUAUCUCAUCGGGAUUAGUGGGGAUUAGUGGGCGUGUCGGAUUAUUUGGUGACAACACCGUGAUUACGUCAGUGACUUUCUGGACCAACAUCGGAACUUAUGGGGAAUACGGCACUAACCCCAGGACUGAUUUCUCAUUUGGGGUCACACUCGGUAAGUUUUCGGGAUUCUAUGGAAAGUGUGGCAAUUCCGUAGACUCUUUGGGUGUCAUUCUUCAGGCGUGA